CACGGCCAUCGGGGAGCAGCACCGCUGUGGCGCCGCUGCGCACCCCACCGAGCAGAGCAGAGCAGAGCCCAGGCACCGAGGGGCCAGGAUGGUGGAUCCCAUCAUCCCCGCAUCUUCCGCUGUUCCCGGUGCGCCCAGCGCCCCACCCGUGACCCCCUUUGCCGGGCCCUGGCACAGAGGGAACGGCCCGUGGGGAGUGUGCGCCUGCAUCCAAGUUUGUCAUGAGGGAGGGAGGGCAGGUCACGCCCGCAGGGGCUGUGAGAGCUCUGCCUGGGCCACAAGCUUCCCAUGGGAAGGAGGCCAGGUGAGGAACCCAGGUGGUCGUGUGACACACACUGGUAACACCUGUGAGGGGAAACACGCCGUGAGUGGGUGUUUUGUGUGUGUGUGUGUAUGUACAGAUGUGCACGGCAGGGGGCUGUGGAUGUCCCGGGAGACAGGCGAGGCAGCUCUGCCUGUUUGUGGGGUCUCGGCGUGACCGUAGGAAAACCCUGAGUCAAGAGCAGGUUGUCCCUGUCCCUAGAAGGGAGAUGCAGCUACUGGGGGGACAUCGCUGCGUGUGCAGGGCGGGGCCCCUGUGCCGGGGCUUCACCCGCGGUGUCCCGGCUGACAGAAGGCUGCCGGCGCAUUCCCGGAAUCCCGAAACCCCGCCCCCUCCCCGUGCUGCGGCCCCUUUAAGGGCGGCACGGGGCCGCCCGGGGGCGGAGCUCCGCGGGUGACGUCACCGCGGCCCUUGAUAAAGGCGGCGGGAUUCCCGGGGCGGCAGCGGCGGCGCGCGCCGGCGGGGCCACGUGCGCGGGGCGCGGCGGAGCCCCGGAGCCUGCUCGCCUCCCGCGCCGCCAUGGAGCCCGCCGGCCUCUUCCCUCCUUUCCCCGCCGCCGCCGCCGCCCUCCCCGCGCGGCCCCCGCCCGCCCCGGCGCCACCGCCCCGCGCGGCCGAGACCACCCGCAUCAUCACCGACCCGGUCUCCGGCCGCUCCUACUGCAAGGGCCGCCUGCUGGGAAAGGGUGGGUUUGCACGAUGCUAUGAAAUGACAGACCUCUCCAGCAACAAAACCUAUGCCGUGAAGGUCAUUCCUCACAGCAGGGUGGCUAAGCCUCACCAGCGUGAGAAGAUCACCAAUGAGAUCGAGCUGCAUCGGGACUUGCACCAUAAGCACAUUGUCAAGUUCUCCCACUACUUUGAGGACUCGGAGAGCAUUUACAUCUUCCUGGAGCACUGCAGUAGGAAGUCCCUGGCCCACAUCUGGAAGGCCCGUCAUACUCUGCUGGAGCCCGAAGUGCGUUAUUACCUCAAACAGAUCAUCUCAGGCUUGAAAUACCUUCACCUCAAGGGCAUCCUGCAUAGAGACCUCAAGCUUGGCAACUUCUUCAUCAAUGAAAACAUGGAGCUGAAAGUGGGGGACUUCGGGCUGGCUGCUUGCCAGGAUGUCUCUGACCAGAAGAAAAAGACAAUAUGUGGGACCCCCAACUACCUGGCCCCAGAAGUGCUGCUGAGACAGGGCCACGGGCCAGAGUCAGACGUGUGGUCUCUGGGCUGUGUCAUGUACACCCUGCUGUGUGGGAACCCUCCCUUUGAGACCUCUGACCUCAAGGAGACCUACAGGUGUAUCAAGCAAGUGGAAUACACCCUCCCCGUCUUCCUCUCCCUGCCUGCCAAGCACCUCAUCACUGGCAUCCUCAGACGCAACCCCCAGGACCGCCUCACCCUCGAUGAGAUUUUGGACCACGAGUUCUUCAAGGGCUACACGCCUGAGAAACUCCCUCCCAGCAGCUGUGUGAUGGCUCCAGAGCUGAGUCCCCCAAAUCCUGCAAAAACUCUGUUUGCUAAAGUCACCAAGACGCUCUUUGGGAAGAAGAAACCCAAGGCCAAGAGGGGCUCUUCAGAGGACAAGGAUGACAUCUCCAAGCUGGUUACUGGGCUGAUGAAGACCUCAAUCUGUCGGCAGAUCAGCUAUAAAACCGUGGAAGGGAAUGAGGCCACUCCUGCAUCGUGCCGCAGUGCCAGCUCCAGCCCCGUGGAGACAGUGGUGGAGGAGACAUCUCACAAGUCUGCGUCUCCCUCCAUCCGGGGAACAAUGGCCAGCAGCUGUGAAGCCUUUGAAGAUUGCGUCACUGCCUCUGCCAUUAUCGAGUCAGCUGUCCGGCUCCUGAGGACCUGCCUCUCCUCCAUGCCUCCAGCGGAGAAAAACCCAGCUUCGCUGGCCCGCCACGAGCACUUUGUCUGGGUGAGCAAGUGGGUGGAUUAUUCCAACAAGUAUGGCUUCGGCUACCAGCUCUCCAACCGCAGCAUUGGGGUCCUCUUCAACAAUGGCACGCACAUGACGCUUUCACCCAACCACAGGACUGUACAUUACAACCCGACCAACAGCAAACACCUGGUGUUCUCUGUGUCUGCCAUCCCCGAGCAGCUGCAGGGACAGAUGAGUGUCCUGCGCUACUUUGCGUCCUACAUGGAGCAGCAUCUCAUGAAGGGAGGUGACCUGCCCAGCAUAGAUGACCUUGGGCAGCCAGCCCUGCUCCUCCUGCAGUGGGUGAAGACUGACCAAGCCUUGCUCAUGCUCUUCAGCAGUGGCACCCUCCAGGUGAAUUUCUACAAUGACCACACCAAGGUGAUCAUUAGCAAGCCUGACCACUCCUGCCUUGUCACCUACAUCAACCGGGAGCGCAACUCUUACACUUACAAGCUGUGCAGCAUCCAGGAGCUGGGCUGCUCUCCUGAGCUCCAUCACCGCCUCAGAUACAUCCUCAAGCUUCUCCAAGAAUGGGCUGAGGCCUAGCCUGGGACCUUGGGGGAUGCUGUCUGGACUUGGAGGUUUCCCCCUGCCCUCCCAUGGGAUGGGAGGGAUGAUGUGGUGCUGGCUAUCCCCCUGGGCACUGUGUAUCCUGGUGCUCAGCUGGACUCUGGACUAAGACAUGUGGAUGUGGUUACAGCAGUGGAUCUGGAGAUCCUUGCUGCUCCCUGGCUCUGGGCAAUCGCUGUCUUCCCACUGGCAGCUCCUGCGCUGAUGGUGCUGGUCCUGAUGGAAUGGACUGGGGUGUUACAAGGAGGUGGUGGUGGGUGAGUGUCCUGCAGCUGGGUUUGGGGCUGGCUGGGCCUUGUUUGAGGCUGGCAACUACUUGUGGUGGAGGCUCAGGCUCCCCUGCCCCAGCUGAUGCAUCAAUUGCAUAGACCCUCUGCAUGGCCUGGAGCUGGCUGCCACAGCCUUGAUCUCAAACUUUAGGUGCUGUAGGAUAGGAAAACCCCUUCCCAGGAGUGGGCAGGGGUGAAGGGUGCUGCCUGCCCUGCCAGGGGCUCUGUGGGCUGGUGUGUUGCCACUCCACAACUGUUACACUAAGGAGGGAGCUGUGCUGGGCCCAGCUGUGCCCAGUCUUUUCCCAAAUUGUGAAUUGUCUGGUACAACCUGAGGUUUGAUAAAGGGUGGGGGAUGGGAUCUGAGGACUUGCCUGGAGAAGCCCUCAUUUUGUUGGGACCCAGGGUUGUUUCUUAUUUCAAGGCAGUUUCUGCCACGUGGGACUAUUUAUGUAUCUUAUUUAUAUGGAAUUAUUUAUUUUCUUGUUGGUCUGUCCAUGUGCAGUUCCCCUCUCCCUGCCUCACCUCAAUAAAAACUUAUUUGUGUAAGGGCAAACUAUGUCUGCCUUAUUUGAAACUGGAGUGAAAAGGAGCUUUCAGCAUCAUUCUCGCUUCAGAGCUGCUUCUGCCUGUUGGGGAUGACCUUUCUUGCCACUGACUGCUGCUGGAGGAUAAGGUCAGGGAGGCAGGAUGGCUAUGAAGAGCCCCUGUGGUCCUCCAGUGCUUUCAUGGGACUGGCACAAAGGGCAGAGUUAGCUCUUGCUUAUGCUGGUGGAGCCUUGGAGCUGCCUCAACUUCUCCUUGCUGCUGCCAAAUGCAUUCCCAGUCCUUUCUGCACUUGGACCCAACCCAGCUGCUCUCCUGACUCUGCUGAGCUGCAGAAGGCAGGAGCUAUGACCCAGGUGGUGGAGGGGUUGCCUGGGCCCUUGCACUGACAUCUUGUGCGAUGGGAUAUGAGCUGGGCAUGAAGCCAGGAAAGCGCUCUGUGAGC